AUGUUCCAUUCAAGGGCUCUCCUUCUCUCCUGGCUCGCCGGCUUCACCGCGGCCAAGGAUAUCCAUCUGGAUUGGAACAUCACCUGGGUCUGGGCAGCGCCAGAUGGCUUUGGCCGUCCCAUGAUCGGGAUCAACAACGAGUGGCCAUGUCCGAUUAUCAAUGCCGACCUGGGUGACCACCUCAUUGUCGAUGUGCACAAUGGUCUGGGGAAUCAGUCAACGGGGAUUCACUGGCAUGGCUUCCAUCAAUACAUGACAGGAACUAUGGAUGGCUCAAACCAGGUGACCCAGUGUGCGUUGCCUCCGGGAAGCAGCAUGCGCUAUGAAUUCGAUGCCAACCAAACCGGUACUUAUUGGUAUCACUCGCACGAAAUGGGCCAGUAUCCCGACGGACUGCGGGGCCCGUUCAUCGUCCGGGAUCCCUCGCCGCCAUUUGCCUACGACGACGAGUUUACGCUGACUCUGACCGACCAUUACCACGAGCAAAUGCCCGUUCUUCUGCAGCAGUACGAGGCCCAAAGCGUAGGCGCCCAGGCCGGCGUCGAUGAACCGUUGCCAGCGGCAGCUCUGAUUAACGAGGGGUUCGACUCCACCACUCUCCAUGUGGAGCCCAACAAGACGUACCUCAUCCAUUUGAUCUGCGUGGGUAACUGGCCCGGCCACGUUAUUGUCUUUGAUGACCAUGAGAUCAGUGUCGUUGAGGUGGACGGCACCUGGGUGGACGCGUACCCUGCGGGAGGCAAGAAGAUCCGGCUGGCCACAGGCCAACGCAUGAGCAUCCUUCUCAAGACCAAGGACAAUACCGACAGGAAUUAUGCCAUUUGGGACUCGAUGGACGUCAACAUGAUGUUCUUCUAUGAAAAUCGCGCUAUUCCCGAGGGUUUCAACCCUAACACGACGGCAUGGCUAGUCUAUGACGAAGCAAAGGAGCUUCCUCCGGCACCAGACGUCCACGAACUCGACCCCAACAACGACUUUGUCGACGAUCUCGUGUUCGUGCCAGCGAACCACGAGCCCCUCCUCGAGAAAGUCGACCGUCAGAUCUUCUUCAACACCAGCGUGACUCAAAGCGACGGCCGCAGCGUGUACACCAUCAAUGGACAGACAUAUGUCGAUCCGGAGGAGCCCACAAUGUAUACGGCGCUGGCAGCAAGCCCAGAGAACGCUUCCAAUGAGUCGAUAUACGGCCAGGUCAAUCCCUUCGUGGUUCAAUAUGGCGAGGUCGUGGAGAUCAUCAUCAACAACCACCACGGCAACCUGCACCCCUGGCACCUGCACGGCCAUCAGUUCCAGGUCCUGCAGCGCACCAUCCCCGAGGGCGGGUACUUUAACGGCUACUUUGCAAAUAUCUCUUCGACGCCUGUGAAGCGGGAUACCAUCAUGGUGCAGAACCAUGGACACGCAGGGUUGACAGGCACUCUGAUUGAAGCCCCGGCGCAGCUGCACGACAUUUCAGUGCCGUUGGAUCAUCAGAAAAUCUGUCCCAGCUAUGGCACGCCACCGGGUGGUAACACGCCUCCACCAAAUGAAGCGCCUCCUGCGGAGAGCACCACUCCGCCCUCAUCUCCUCCUCAGGAUACUCAACCUGGUGAUAGCCCCCCUGCAAAUGAUCCUCCCCCGGCGGAGAACUCCGCCCCGUCCUCGCCUCCUCCUACCCAGGAUGCUCCCCGACCUGGUGGUUCACCAGGUUCACCUCCUCCUCAGUAUCCCCCUCAAUCCUGGAGUCAAUCGAGCAACGCCCAGCCACCAGCCAACAACUACGCACAAGGGUAUCCAGCGACUCCAAGCAAUGCUGCGCCACCUGCCAACAACUACGCACAAGGGUAUCCAGCGGCUCCAAGCAAUGCCGCGCCACCUGCCAACAACUACGCACAAGGGUACCCAGCGGCUCCAAGCAAUGCCGCGCCACCUGCCAACAACUACGCACAGGGCUAUCCCUCUGGUUACGUUCCUGUUGCACCUGGCCCCGUAAUCAUCGACUCGGAGUUGCAUUACGGUGGCAAGAGCAGUCACGUUGGAUCUUCUGGCGUCAAUGCUGGCCAUAGAGAUGAGAUGACUGCAGAUAGUGACGGCGACGCGAGCGCCUCAUAG